CCCUCCCUCCAGCGGCCAAACUUCUUCAUUAAACUCGCUGCGUGCUCGGCGGCUCCGUUUUACGAGGAUCGUGCGACCAGAAGAAGAUCCACGGUUCGGUUCGAUGAGCUCCAACAAACACCUCAUCGGACCUCAGCUGCAUUUGAAUACAUUGAUUGUGAGUUAUGACAUCAGAGGGGAAAGGUGCAGGCAUCAUGCUGGACCCCCAACUCAUCCAAGAGACCGGGGAAGUCUAUAGAAACCCCACUGAGGUGCAGAUGAGUCAAAUCGUGCUGCCCUGUCACGCCAAUCAUUGCGGGGAGCUGAGUGUGGGACAGCUGCUGAAGUGGAUGGACUCCACAGCCUGUUUGUCAGCUGAGAGACAUGCAGGCUGCUCCUGUGUCACUGCAUCGGUCGAUGACAUCCACUUCGAACACACAAUAGGAGUUGGACAAGUUGUCAGUAUUAUUGCCAAAGUCAACAGAGCCUUUACGUCUAGCAUGGAGGUGGGCAUACUGGUGACUUGUGAAGAUCUUUACUCUGACAGGCAGUGGAAAGUUUGCCAUGCCUUUGCCACUUUUGUUUCCAGACGAACUGAAGCUGGAAAGGUACAGCUCAAGCAGGUGAUUCCUUACACACAAAUGGAGCAGAUGGAGUACAGCUUGGCGGCAGAGCGGCGGAGGAUGCGACUCAUCCAUGCUGAGAUUAUCACAGACCUGCUGAGCAGCAGCACAGCUCAGCUGGGGGAAUGUCAGGAGUAUGACGACGCCGUGCCAUCUGAGAAGACGCGAGUGGAGAGCGUGGAGCUGGUGCUUCCACCCCAUGCCAACCAUCAAGUCAGCACUUUUGGAGGCCAGAUCAUGGCCUGGAUGGAGAAUGUGGCUACAAUUGCAGCAAGCCGAUUAUGUAACGCCCACCCAACCCUGAGGACAAUAGACAUGUUCCAUUUUCGUGGGCCGUCACACAUUGGCGACCGGCUGGUGCUGAAAGCUAUUGUUAACAACGCCUUCAAACACAGCAUGGAGGUGGGAGUUUGUGCAGAGGCCUAUCAGGGUGGAGAACCUCUGCGCCAUAUCAAUAGUGCCUUUAUGACCUUUGAGGUGCUGGACAGUGACAGGAAGCCCCGUACGCUGCCACACCUACGACCCGAGCCUGUGGAUGGAAGAAGACGUUAUAAAGAAGCUAUUGCAAGAAAGAAAAUUCGCCUUGACAGAAAAUAUAUCAUCUCAUGCAAGCAAACCGAAGUGCCUCUGUCUGUGCCCUGGGAUCUAAGUAACCAGAUGUACCUGAGCUACAACAACGUAUCAGCUCUGAAGCUCAUGGAUACCCGGAACAACUGGGUCUUAACCUCAGAGAAAAAUAAGGUGAGACUAUACACUUUGGAGGAAAACCACAUGCUUUGUGUCAAGGUGGAGAUGUACGUCAGCGUCCCAGCAGAGCAGGUGUUCCACCUGUUGUCGGACCUGAGGAGGAGGAAAGAAUGGGACCGGCAUUACGAGGAGUGUGAGGUGAUCAACCAGGCAGAUGAGGAUGACACUCUUUAUCGUGUGGUUACUCCCUGUGUCAGCAAAGGGGGCAAAGGGAAAGACUUUAUCUUGCUCGCAUCUAGAAGGAAGCCAUGUGAUUCCAGGGACCCGUACCUGAUCGCUCUGCGUUCUGUUACUUUGCCCAAUCACCCGCCUACAGAGGAUUUCUCCAGGGGAGAGGUGCUCUGUGCUGGCUUCACAAUCUGGGAGGAGUCCAGUUCGGUCACCAAGUUCACCUACUACAACCAGGCCACACCAGGUGUCCUCCCCUAUAUCUCGACAGACGUGGCUGGCCUCUCCUCCAGCUUCUACAGCACGUUUUCCGCUUGCAGUCAGUUCCUGGAAGCCAACAAAGACAGCCUGGGUGCUCUGCCACCUUCUUCAUUUUUAUUUAAAACCCCUCUCCCAUGAGCAAAGAAGGGGCAUUAUCAGGACAGAGUAGCAUUGUUUCACAGCUCUAAUCCUGACUUAACACUGCUUUGGAGGUGCUGGGCUUAAAUAUGCCAUAAAGUAAGCCAUUUUGAGAUUAUGAAGGACUGCUAGUUUGUAAUUUCCAUAGACAAGUACAAAGCAACAGCGCACAAAUGAUUUUAUGCCUCUGUAGUUUUUUUUAGCAUUAUUUUUUGAAAAACAUGUGCAAUUCAAAUUUCUAGAUAUAUGAUUUAUAUUUUGUGAGCCAUCAGUUCACUGUCAUUUAACACUGGAAAGAUUUUUUUAGAUAAGGUCAAAUGUAAUUAUUUUGUCACUUUGUAUAUUAAUAUAUUUGAAGGUAACAUUAGGAAGUUUACAUGUGGUUUUGGUGUAUAACUUUACUGUUUUCAUUUGAGACAACAAUGUAUAGUUUUAUAGAAUUUCAUUUGAACUGAUUUUAUUGUAUAGACAUAAGCUUUGAGUAUGAAAUGUGUUGAGUUACUUUAAUCAAUAAACUUUUUAAAGCUG